AUGCCAACCAGCAUCGCGCCGUCCGCGAUGUUCAACAAGCCGACGCUCUCCGGCACACCCUCGACCGAGCUCGACUCGAUCGUCGUCCGGCACGUGCGCGAGGUGAUGGCGCGCGAGCCGGGCUGGGACGCGUUCGUCGCCGCGCGCGCGCGCGAGGUCACGAUGCGCUCGCAGCUCGCGCAGUUCGCGUACAUCCGCCGCGCGCUCGACCGCUUCGUCGGCACCCCGACCCCGCCGGACCUGCAGGGCGCGGGGGGCGUCGCGGUGUCGCGCCAGCAGGUGCUCACCGCGCUCGGCCAGAAGCCGGCGCAGGCCGAGGUCGCGCACGAGAUCUGGGAGCUCGCGCGGCUGUACGGGGAGCGCGGCGUGCGCGGGGAGGACGCGCGGGUGGUGCGGAUGCUGGACGAGGUCGCGCCGGUCACGCCGCAGAUGCACGCUCAGCAGUUCCUGAAGCUGCUGAGGGACGUCCACCGGCAGUGGGAAGAGGCGCACCCGGCGUAG